AUGAAUAAAUACAUUUUCCUCCUACUAGUAAUUACAAAAUUGAACACAUUUGCAUGUUACGUUAGGCGCGAAAGGAUUUUUUGUGGCAACAUCAUGAGGAAGAACAAAGACAAGGUUAGCAGCGAGAAUGGGGGCCCAUUUAAAUCCCCAGAUGUUAUCCAUACUGUGCGCGUGGUAAGGGGAUCCUACGGGGGAAGGCGCAGACGGGAGUUAUUUUAUUUGAGAGCCCCACGCUGCGGUUCGGUUGGCAGCUCACUUGGCAGGUUGCUUGACAAUUCCUUUGUCAAUCCUCUGUGCGAGGGUCCUCCUUCCGAAUGCACCGCAUCCAGCGCGCCACCUGCAUACACACGGCUGGAACGUGGGCGAAGCAAAACCCAGCUGUUCGCCAAGACGCAGAAAUACAUAGACAAUCUGAGGAAGGUAAAAAAAGUAGACAACACCAUAUUGGGAAAUGAUUUCCACGGGAAAGAAAGCGAAAUAAUCCAUGAAAUCCCAGACCGAUUUCUGAACGCAUUCAAGUGGGCCUUACAAUUUAGAUUAAAAAACUUUAACUGUAAAUUUAUCAGAUUAUCCAAGUUGGCCAAAAAAAAAAAUGAAGAAUUAAAAAGCUACGAAAAUUAUGCCAUAGGGUAUAAAGAAAACUUACUAGCCAUGUUACAGAAGGAUAAAAAUUUUUUCCUGGAUAUUGUAAAUAAAUUGAAAGCAAAGGAUUAUUUUAAUUUCGAUAUUUAUUCUAUCUUCAGAUUUAUCCAAAUAGAUGUUCGUUUUUUUUUUUUCCCCGAGUGUCAUGACCAGUCGGCUGUUUUUUUCCUCAUUUUCGGGAACCUGGAAAAGGCCAUUGACUAUUUUAUUCGAAACAAAGACACCGUUGAUUUUAUGCAGAUGGAGAAGUACAAGAACAUGGGGGGGGGCAGCGAGAUGCACCUCAGCAUACGGCAGAGGAAGAAGUUGAGAAAGGCGGAACGGAAGCGCGAGAGGGAUAGGCGCCGGAGGGCGUAUAUGGCGCGGGCUGCCUCCUUGGGCGACGCCGACGGGGGUGUACCAACUGCUGACGAAGCAACUGUGAAUGAUCCAAGCGCCGAUGAAGAAACCGCCGAUGACGAAACUGCCGAUAACGAAACCGCCGAUGACGAAACUGCCGAUAACGAAACCGCCGAUGACGAAACUGCCGAUGACGAAACUGCCGAUGACGAAACCGCCGAUGACGAAACCGUCGAUGACGAAACCACAGAUGAUGAAACUGCCGAUAAUCAAAGCGCCAACGACAAAACCGACGACGGAGCAAUCCCUGAAAUUUCCAUAAACAGCAUAAGCGAGGCUUCCCCCCUGGAGGACAAAUUCGACUACUUCCUAAAACACUACGAUGAUGUUGAAUUUUUUUUUAUGAACCAUUUCAAGACGGCAGAAGAGUUAAAAUGCUUUUUCGAAAAAUGCCAUGUGGAAGAAAAUAAAAUAAAAAGAGAAGAAAUAAAUUUUAACGCAAAGGGAGAGGAAAUAAUAACCACGAACCAAGUGCUGAAAAAGGGGCUGAACUUAGAAAUGAUAAAAAAAAUUAUUAAAACAUCUCCGAGGUUAUCUUUAGUAAAUAAAAACACCAUCCUCAAAAGAAUAACUCAUUACAGAAAUGAGUUAAAAUAUGACUACGAAGAAUUGGUGCAUAUUCUGUAUAAUCUCCCACAAUUUUAUGCCUUUGGAAAUUUAAAAAAAAAAUAUAAAGAAUUGCUACACCUGCAUGAAACCAUAGAAGAGGAAGAUUUAAAGGCAUUUAUCAAAAAGUACCCAAGGAUAUUCACCUACAAUGUGUACAGAACCAUCAGACCCAAACUCUUAUACCUUAUCAGACAUAUGAACAAAACCUUUCGAGAUACUCUCUCCUUUCCACAAUAUUUUAGUUACAGCUUCCGCUUAAGAAUAAUCCCCAGACACAUUGCCUACAUGAAUUUAUACUAUGACAAUUAUAUCACUUACUACAAAGAGUUGCUCAGGAUACACAAUUAUGCUGACUUUAACAGAAGAUUUAACGAGUUGGUUUAUAAACCCAACAUCCCACCGAUCAAUUUGAAAAUGCUUCUGCAAACGUCGAACAAAGAUUUUAUGAAACAUUAUAAAAUUAGUUAUGACGAUCUUGUCAAAUCGACGCAGCUGGCUAAAAAUAUCCACAAUCCGUUCAUAAUGGAGUGA